AUGACUAAGAUCGUCACUUCAUGCGACUGGGUCCCUUCAAUCAUCACAGAAGAAAUGCUUGAAGACUAUGUCAAAACAAGCAUCCUGUCAGCAAAGAAUGUCAUUCACUGGCGUGUUCCAAACCCAGAUGAAGCCAAACCUCAGCCAAAGGAAAAUGAGGACGACGCGGAGACCAGCCAGGCGGGUGAUGAAGAGGGAACUUCCCAUUCUUCCUCUGGCGAUUCAUCUCAGACCCAACUGUCGGCUUUCAAUACCGCCCCUGGGCGGGCAGCCUCGCGGACGUCUUUUUCCACCGCGCCCGCGUACGCAGACUCUAGCUUGACCCCGGCCCUGCGCUGCUACGUCUGUGGCCGCGCGCAUGCUUCAUCGCGGCGCCUCGCUCCGGCCAAUUGGCUCCCCUCCGUACAGGCGCUGGCUGCAGCUUCUGUUUGCGCGGGCCGCCAGCUCCUCCGCGACUGGCCUCCCGUGCGCGAGCCCCCGCCCGUGCUGGUGCAGGCCGCCACCCCGAGCUCCCCGCUCCCCGUCGCGCCUGCCCCGGUCGGCUCCGGCCUCCCGCCGGCUCCCGCGCCACGCCCCCGCGCGGCCCUGGGCUCGUACCGGCGUCCUCCGCCGGGCGCUUGCGUGCUUGGCCUCGCCUGGUCGCCCCGCGCCCCGGCGGCGCCUCCGGGUCCGCCCCGCCUCAACCGGCCACAGCCGCGCCCGGGCGCCUCGCUUGGCCUCUGCUCCACCCGGGCUCCUCGCAAGCGCCUCCCCUCGCCUCCGCCUGGCCGGAGCGCCUCCGCCACCAACUUCGCGCCAGCCACCGCCUCCAGCCACCUGCGCGCCCGCGCCACGAACUCAGCCUCCCGUCGCAGGCGCCGCUUGGCCCCGCGUCCGGCCUCUCCGCCCCGACUCCACCCCGCCGGAUGCCCCGCGCCGGGUCCUCUGCGCCGGCUCCGGCACCGCGGUGUCCGGCUCAGUCCGAGCCCUCACCUUCGUCCGUUCUGCACACAGCGCCGGCUCUGCCUCCGCUCCGGCCGGCUCCUGCGCUCGCCGGCUUCCCGCAACCUGGCUUGCCGGCUCCCGUGCGCCGGCUUCCCCGGCAUCCCGGACUCCUCCGUCCGUGUCGCCCUUGGCCGACUGCUGCUCCGCGCCUGCAUCGCGCCGCGCACCCGGACGGCCGGCUCCGCCCCGCACCCGGCUCGGCCCCCUGCUGCCGGCUGCUGCGCUCCAGGUCCAGCCGCCUGUGCGGCCGAGUGCCCAGAAAGAAAGAAAGAGGCCGGCUGA